AUGUUGAUCAAACAAAAGCAGAGAGAAAGUCUGCAGUCCUACAUCGACCGCUUCAAAAAGGAAGAGCUCGAGGUCCAUGACCUUGACCCCAUGGUCUCUAUGCACGCUGCCAUUAAUGGGCUCUGCACCGGCUCGGCCCUCAAGUGCUCGGUUGCCAAGAUCCUGCCAAAGACGAAGUUGGAGUUCCUCAAGAAGGCCCAGAAGUAUAUUGCGGCCGAAGAGGCUUCAACUAUGGGCCAUCAGGAAAGAGAAGUCGAGCACCACAAUGGGCCCCCUAAAAAGAAGAGGAAGGGCGGAGAUAACCCCCACCCCAACAACAACAACGGCAAUGACAACAAGAAGCCACCGGCCUCGGCCCUAGCUUACAAGGAGCAAACGCCACUUAACUCCACCUGUGCCCAGAAACUGAUGCAAAUCGGGGAGGAGAAGUAUGUAAAGUGGCCUGAGAAGUUGAAAAGGAACCCCAGGAGAGGAAAUUCAAAAAAGUACUGCAAGUACCAUCGCAGCACCAGGCAUGAUACGGAGGACUGCUACGAUCUCAAGAAUGAGAUAGUGUCCCUCAUCCUUUGUGGGCACCUUAAGUAG